AUGAUGAUGAAACUAAAGAUGAUAGAUGAACAUGUUGAGAUAUUAAUCGAGGUUGGGCCAGAUGGAGUAGUACUAGAGACACAAGUUAAUAGGAGAUCAGAUGAUGCCGGUAGCUCAAAAUGGAUAACAUCGCAACCAAAUGGAUUGUGGGAGAUGGCAAAAGUUUUUGGUGCGGGUGCGGCUGAGCUUAUUCUUCCUAAUAACAGAGAAAAUGGGAUUAAGAAACAACCUAAGGAGGAAGAAGGUUACGCUAUGGGUUUGGCUAAACGCCGUAAACGUUUUGGUGGGGAUCAACUUGAUCGGCCGCAGGGUGGAGGAGGCAUCGUUAAGAAUAUCCUUGAAUAUUUAGAAAAAAGAAAGUUUAAUAAAGAAUUACGUCGCCAAGGGGAGCGGAUGAGGGAAGAUGACCGGAACCAAAAGAAGCACUGGAUGGACAAAAAAAUUGAACAGAAAAAGGGUGGUGAUCGGUUUGACCUCUAA